AUUAUAAAGCCAUUUUCAAAUAUGUCAGCCUACAUGAAUUUAGGCCUGAUUGGCACUAUUCAAGACGAUGAUGACGUUAAUGUCGAGUCUGAAAGCUCAGACAGUGACGAAGAAGUCCAGAAGCAAAAGAAAAAGAAGACAUCAAAAUCAGAAUUCAGCAAAGAUUUUAUGUUCAAUGAUCAAGAAGACCCUUUUAAAGGAUUCAAAGCCAUCAACUUGAAGUUUGCAAAAAAAGCAGAACCAACAUUCACACUCGACGAGAAAAUUGCAGCUGCCAGAAAAAAGAGAAAAGCAGAUGGUGACGAUGAUGAAGCAGAGGCGACUGUAGACCCAGAUGAUGGACCUGUAGAUGAUGAGAUGGAGCAGGACGUGGACUCCGACGGAGAAUUCGUAGCAGACACCAUCAAAACAAAGGAAAAGAAGAAAAGAAAGAGGAAGAAAGGAAAGGCUGAUCCAGACUCGGACAGUGAGCAGGCAGGUGAAAAAGUGCAAUUCUCAGAAAAUGUGGCUUCGUAUGAUAAGAACAUGUCAUUUUCAGACAUGAACAUUUCUCGGCCACUAAUGAAGGCCCUGGCCCUGAUGGGCUUUGAGCAGCCGACUCCAAUCCAGUCUGCCACCAUCCCCAUAGCAUUGCUGGGUAGAGACAUCUGUGCUUGCGCUGUCACUGGGUCAGGUAAGACUGUGGCCUUCAUGCUGCCCAUCAUGGAGCGUCUGCUGUACAAACCUAAAGAGUCAGCCGUGACACGAGUACUGGUGCUGGUACCAACACGUGAGCUGGCUGUGCAGGUGCACACCGUGGCUAAGCAACUCGCUAACUACACUAAUAUACAGAUCACUCUGUCUGCAGGUGGUCUGGACAUCAAGCAGCAGGAAGCAGCCCUCAGGAUGGGCCCAGACAUUGUGAUCGCCACUCCGGGCCGGCUGAUCGACCACCUACACAACUCACCCAGCUUCAACCUGAACAGUGUGGAGAUCCUUGUUCUGGAUGAGGCUGACAGGAUGUUGGACGAGUACUUUGCUGAGCAGAUGAAGGAGGUGAUACGACUGUGCUCACGGAAGAGACAGACUAUGCUGUUCUCGGCCACCAUGUCAGAGGAGGUAAAGGACCUUGCAGCGGUGUCUCUGGACCGUCCUGUGAAGGUCUUUAUCAAUGAGAACACUGACACAGCCCUGGGUCUCCGGCAGGAGUUCAUACGUGUACGUGCCAACAGGGAGGGUGAUAGGGAGGCAAUCAUUGCAGCCUUGUUGAGCCGCACAUUCGUGGACCACUGUAUCGUGUUCAUCCAGACCAAGAAGCAGGCUCAUCGUAUGCACCUGGUGCUGGGUCUGCUGGGGGUCAACGUGGGGGAGCUGCAUGGCAACCUGUCACAGGCACAGCGUCUGGAAACAUUACGAAGAUUCAAGGAGGCCCAGGUAGAUGUUCUAUUGGCAACAGAUCUUGCAGCGAGAGGUCUCGACAUCGAGGGCGUGAAAACUGUGAUCAACUUUACCAUGCCUAACACUGUAAAGCACUACGUGCACAGAGUGGGUCGCACUGCCAGAGCUGGGAAGUCAGGCAGAUCCAUCACCCUUGUUGGAGAGCAGGAACGUAAACUUCUCAAAGAUAUCGUGAAGAAGGCCAAGACGCCGUUGAAGACAAGAAUUGUACCACAAGACGUGAUUGCCAAGUACCGUGAGAGGAUCACAGGCUUUGAGGACGACAUCAAAGAGAUAGAGGCCCAGGAGGCCACAGAGCGUGAACUGCGCGCCAGCGAGAACCAGAUCAACAAGGGGCGCCGGGUCCUGGAGCAGGGGCAGGCUAGCCUGGACAGCAAGCGCACGUGGUUUCAGAGCCAUAAGGAGAGAAUGCAGGAGAAAGAGGCUCUAAGACUGGGCGAGUUUGAUAUGUUACCAAGCAACAAGAAGAAAAAGAAGCUGGAAAAGGGACAGAUGAAGAAAAAAGCAGUAACUGCAGAGGACCGCGCCCACUUUGAGAUUCAGAAGGCUCAGCUGUACGCUGCAAGGUCUGCAAAGAAGGCAAUGAGAGAGCAGCGUGUACGGGGAUUCAGUGAUGAUGACCCAAGACCCAACGGCCCAAAAAGCAACAAGAAGAAAAAGAAGCCCAAGAUGAAGUCUGCCUUUGACAGAGAGCUCACAAAUACUGGCCGAAGUGCAGUCAGACAGUUCAGAGCUGGCCCGUCCUACAAGGAGAGAAAGGAGCUGGGUUUAGGCAAGACGAAAGGCAAGGCCAUGGGCAAAAGGAGAUGAUCUGAGUGCCUGUCUCCCUUCGAUGAACAUUGUUGUUGAUCAUAAUAAACAUGUAAAGAAGACUGUAAAUAAAUACCUGUAAUUGU